GUUAUCGCCGCCACUUCUCAGGAGUGAAAAAAAAACCCUAGGGCUUUAUACCGCCAUGGCUCGCUUGACGAAAGAGCAUCUCUUGAAAGACGGGAAGACUCGUGAUCCUGCCUCCAUCACCUCCCUCUCUCUAUCCCACAAAGCUCUCUCCGAUGUUUCUUGCUUGGCUGAAUUCAAAAACUUGGAGAGGCUCGACCUCGCCUUUAACAAUCUCACUUCGCUCCAGGGAUUGAAGUCUUGCGUUAACUUGAAGUGGUUAUCGGUUGUUCAAAACAAAUUGGAAACUUUGGAAGGAAUUGAAGGACUCACUAAGCUCACUGUGUUGAAUGCAGGCAAAAACAAGCUUAGAUCAAUGGAAGAGGUUAAGCCUCUUGUUAAUCUACGCGCAUUAAUUCUGAAUGAUAACCAGCUUGUUUCCAUAUGCGGACUCGACGAAAUGAAAGAUUUGAACACUCUCGUGCUUUCUAGGAAUCCUAUCACCAAAAUUGGCAGUUCCCUUAUGAAGCUGAAAUCUAUUACAAAGUUCUCUGCAUCUAACUGCCAAAUCCAAGCUAUUGAAUCGUCACUCAAGUGCUGUGUUGAAUUAAAAGAGCUUCGACUUGCUCACAAUGAUAUCAAGAUUCUUCCGGCUGAGUUAUCUUACAAUAAAAAAAUUCAAAAUUUGGAUUUGGGAAAUAACUUAAUCACUAGAUGGUCAGAGUUGAAGGCACUGGAUUCAUUGGUCAAUCUGAAGAAUCUCAACCUACAAGGAAAUCCCAUAGCUGAAAAAGAUAAAUUAGCAAAGAAGGUUAAAAGGUUACUGCCUAACUUACAGAUAUUCAAUGCUAGACCAAUUGAUAAAAGCGUGAAAAAUAAAGAUAGUGAGACCGUUGCCGUUGCUUCGCAUAGUAUGGAUUACACGGAGGAUAUUUACAUGGAGGACAAAAAGGGUCAGAAAAGAAAAAAGAACCCCGAAUUUCAGGUGUCGGUUGAGAAACAAGAUGUUAAUCAUGAUAAUGCUCCUGAUCUUGAUACUGAGAAAGAAUCGAAGAGGAAAAAGAAGAAAGGAAACGACAAAGUUUCCGUUGAUGAGGGGGAUGGUAUUGUUGUUGAAAAGAAUGAAAAGAAAAAAUCGAAGGGGGAACAAGAAAAUCUUAGUCGUCUUGAUGCAGAGAAAAAUAUUACACAGAAAGGGAGGAAAACAAAUGAUAAGCAGUCGAAAAAGGAAGUUUCGGUACACGAGGAUGGUAUUGCAGGCGAAGAGAAACCAAAGAAGAAGAAAAUGCUAGAGAAACGGGCUGAACUAGACAUUAUUGAUGACUCCGGUGCCUCUUUCACAGAGCUAUUCGCAAAUGAUGCUGCAGAUCCAAUAGAUGACUGUAAAAGGAAGAUAGUUGAUAGAGCCGAUCAAUAUACGAAAUCAUCUGAUCACUCAGUUACCUACCCUGCCAAAAAGAAGAAAGGUAAACAUGUCAUGCUUGCCGAACUUCAGUUGUCCCCAGCAAUUGAAGUUGGAAUGGGUGGUGCAUCGACCUGGGAUGACGAAUGA